UUCUGUAGUUUCGGACGUUGGCUUCCUCUCGCACGCAUGCGCACGCGCCCCACUCUCUUCCUCGGCGUCGGCGAAGGCGUUCAGAAGUUCAAAAUGGCCGCGGCGACGGUAGUGGAGCUGGGGGUGCAGGGCCCUGGAAUUGAAGAGGCUGAUAUAUCUGAGAGGAGUGCAAAUGAAGAAAAUGGAGAUAUUUCAGAAGGAGACCAACUUCAGACAAAACACAACCGACAUAAAAAAAAGAAGCACAAACAUAGAGGCAAACAUAAGAAACACAAACAUUCUUCAGAAGAGGAUAAGGACAAAAAGCAUAAACAUAGGCACAAGCAUAAGAAGCAUAAACGAAAGGAGGCUGCAGAUGCUUCUGAUAAGGAAGAUGGGCCAGCAAAAAGAACUAAAAUUGAUUUCUUAGCCCCCCUUGAAGAUUUAGAAAAACAAAGAGCAUUACUUAAAGCUGAACUUGAAAAUGAGCUAAUGGAAGGAAAAGUUCAAUCUGGCAUGGGAUUAAUUUUGCAGGGUUAUGAGUCAGGUUCUGAAGAAGAGGGAGAAAUCAAUGAUAAGAUGAGAAAUGGGACUAGAUCUUCAACUAAAGCAUCUAUUAAGGGGAAACUAGAGAUUGUGGACAAUAAAACUAGUUCAAAGAAGCAGAGUAAGAGCGGAUCAAAAGAACGAACUCGACACAGAUCUGAUAAAAAGAAGAGCAAAUUAGGAGCUGAUGGUAUAAAGGAAAGAACAGCUAGAAGUAAAUCAAAAGAGAGAAAAAAAUCAAAAAGUCCAUCUAAAAAAAUCAAGUCUCAAGACCAAGUAGGAAAGUCAAAAUCUCCAACCCUUAGAAGACGUUCUCAAGAGAAAAAUAGGAAGUCGAGAUCUCCAGAAGAUAGGAGUAAAGCAGAAGAAAAGAUUAAGUCAAGAGAGCGUAAAAAAUCUCCAGUUGUUGUUGAAAGUAAAAGCAGAGAUCGUGGCAAAAAAUCUAAAUCUCCAGUAGAGCAAAGGAGUAAAUCCAAAGACAGAAGAUCAAGGUCUAAAGAGCGAAAAUCUAGGAGAUCAGAGACUGAAAGAGAGAAAAAGCCCAUUAAAUCUCCUUCUAAAGAUGCAUCAUCUGGAAAAGAAAAUAGGUCUCCUAGUCGGAGACCUGGUCGUAGCCCAAAGGGAAGAAGUUUGACUCCAAAACCACGGGAUAAGCUGAGACGUAGCAGAUCACCUCUCCUUAAUGAUCGCCGAUCUAAACAGAGUAAAUCGCCGUCCCGAAAUCGGUCUCCCAGUAGGAGAGCAAAGAGCAGAUCAUUAGAGCGAAAAAGAAGAGAGCCUGAAAGAAGACGUUUUUCUUCUCCCAGAACACGAACUAGAGAUGAUAUCCUCUCUAGGAGUGAGCGCUCAAAAGACGCAAGUCCACCUAGAUGGUCCCCAUCCAGAAGAAGAUCCAGAUCUCCCAUUCGACGAAGGUCUCGCUCACCUUUACGUCGUAGUCGGUCUCCAAGAAGGAGGAGUAGAUCUCCUCGGAGAAGGGAUAGAUAUCGACGAAGUAGAUCUCGCCUUAGAAGGAGAUCCAGGUCACGGGGUGGCCACAGACGUAGAAGUAGGAGCAAAAUAGAAGAUAAAUUUAAAGGAAGUCUUUCUGAAGGAAUGAAAGUUGAGCAGGAAUCUUCAUCAGAUGAAAACCUUGAAGACUAUGAUGUUGAAGAAGAAGAUGAAGAGGCUCUCAUAGAACAGAGAAGAUUACAGAGGCAAGCAAUUGUACAGAAAUACAAGUAUGUAACUGAAGAUAGUAACCUCUCCAUGCCGUCUGAACCAAGCAGUCCUCAGAGCAGUACUCGCAGUCGCUCCAACUCACCAGAUGACAUUCUCGAACGAGUUGCUGCUGAUGUGAAAGAGUAUGAGCGAGAAAAUAUGGACACAUUUGAGGCCUCAGUGAAGGCUAAGCACAACCUUAUGACAGUUGAGCAAAAUAAUGGUUCAUCUCAGAAGAAAAUCACAGCUCCUGAUAUGUUUACAGAAUCAGAUGAUAUGUUUGCUGCAUAUUUUGAUAGUGCACGCCUUAGAGCUGCUGGCAUUGGAAAAGAUUUCAAAGAAAACCCCAAUCUCAGGGAUAAUUGGACAGAUGCAGAGGGAUAUUAUCGUGUUAAUAUUGGUGAAGUCCUAGAUAAACGUUAUAAUGUAUAUGGCUACACUGGCCAAGGAGUUUUCAGUAAUGUAGUGAGGGCCAGAGAUAUGGCAAGAGCAAACCAAGAAGUGGCUGUCAAAAUUAUUAGGAACAACGAGCUUAUGCAAAAAACUGGCUUAAAAGAAUUGGAAUUUUUGAAGAAGCUUAAUGAUGCAGAUCCUGAUGACAAGUUUCAUUGCCUACGAUUGUUCCGCCAUUUUUAUCACAAGCAGCAUCUCUGUCUUGUGUUUGAACCACUCAGUAUGAAUUUACGAGAGGUACUAAAGAAGUAUGGAAAAGAUGUUGGUCUCCACAUAAAAGCUGUACGAUCCUACAGUCAGCAGUUGUUCCUGGCACUCAAACUUCUUAAAAGAUGCAACAUACUGCAUGCUGAUAUCAAACCAGAUAAUAUUUUAGUGAAUGAGUCUAAAACCAUUUUAAAGCUUUGUGACUUUGGGUCAGCGUCCCAUGUUGCUGAUAAUGACAUUACGCCAUAUCUUGUCAGCCGAUUUUAUCGUGCUCCUGAAAUCAUUAUAGGCAAAAUCUAUGACUACGGUAUAGAUAUGUGGUCUGUAGGCUGUACCUUAUAUGAACUUUACACAGGAAAAAUAUUGUUUCCUGGGAAAACCAAUAACCAUAUGUUGAAACUUGCAAUGGACCUCAAAGGAAAGAUGCCAAACAAGAUGAUCCGAAAAGGUGUCUUCAAAGAUCAGCACUUCGAUCAAAACCUUAAUUUCAUGUACAUAGAGGUAGAUAAAGUAACAGAAAGGGAAAAAGUCACUGUCAUGAGCACCAUUAACCCAACAAAGGACCUGCUAGCAGAUUUGAUUGGGUGCCAACGCCUUCCCGAAGACCAGCGCAAAAAGGUUCACCAGCUGAAGGACUUGUUGGACCAGAUCCUCAUGUUGGAUCCUGCAAAGCGGAUUAGUAUCAACCAGGCACUGCAACAUGCCUUCAUCCAGGAGAAAAUUUAAAUCCAGUGAAGAUAUUCAAAGGGUUUGAAUAGUUAAUAUACAAAGACUGAUGAAAUUUCACAGCAGUUGAUAAAUGUACAUAUAACAUAUAAAUAAUUUCCUGGCAAAGUUGAGGAAGAGUGAUAUGUGAGUUAACACGAAGUCGGAUAUUUCUUUUAGAAAUGUUAGAUUACUGGCUCUUGUGUUUACCCUUUUCACUGUAGAACUGUUUUAAUUGCCACAACUGCACAGAAAUACAAUGCUAAUGUAUAUGGUUGCAGUUCUAUAAUAUAAUAUAUAUACAUAUAUAUAUAAAAAUACAUAGGCAUACUCAAAAAUACAGAUGCACAUGCACACUGUCCUUUCCAUCCCUCCCUCCCUCUCUAAAAUACAUAUAAACAAAGCGACUGUUAGCAAAUAACAGUUUAGACCGGGUGGUUGAUUGUGGUUUUUAGCAGAAUUGGCAUCAUUUGGGUCUCUGAGAAAUGGCCAGCGUAAAUGCUGUUUAUAUUGCGUUUUCCUAGGUGUGCGUGCAGGCCACAGCAGCAUGCCCUUGGUGUGUAGUCAUUGCCGAAGGGGGCCUGUUCCUUCUUGCGCCUGCCCUGCAGGGAUGGCCUCCUCUUUUAAAGCAGGUUGCGUACAACUUUCAGUACACUGAAGGUAAGCUAAACCAUCAACAUCGCUGGUGUUUUAAGAUGUUAACUGUACUGGAACAACUGACAAAUAAGGGCUUUGUAGCAGAAUUCCCUGCAUGUUUUAUAAAUGAACUUGUUUUUGUUUUCUGGCAUUACAACUGUGGCAUAAUUCCAACUUCUGUUUGAUCAUCACAUUCGAAGAAAAAAAUGGGGGAAUGUGCACUUGAUGGAGAGAGCGCCUUCAGUGUACUGUUUAUUACUUUUGUUUCUUUAAAAACAUCAACUUGCUAUAUAGACUUUAUACCUUUUAUGAAAGACAGUUCAGACUUGAGAAAAGUCAAUUUACUAACAAAUGUUCAGCUUUGGUUCUAAAAGAACACCCUUUCUCAUGGCCAGAUAGAAAACAUCGUAAUUCAAUUUUUAACUAUUUGUAUGUCAUUUGAAAGUGUACUGCUUUAUGCUGCAGGUGUUUUUUGUUUGUUCAUUGUUUUCAUUCUUUGUGAUCAUGUUGUCUUUCAAUACAGGCAUAAACCUUCCACUCUUGAGCAAAGCAGCUGCUUUUUAAAAGCGGUAAUUGCUUCUUUACCUUUUAUUUCUUUUGUAAAUGAAGCUUUCUUUAAGAAAUGUGACUUUAAAGUGUUGUCUCUUGCAUAAAAACAGUUGACUUUCACUUAUUGUAAAGUGAAGAUUGUUUUGCUGCAUGUAAAGUGGACCAUGCAGAUUUCUGUAUGUUUUCAGUAUGCAUCAUUAGAUAAUAAAAGUCUUUUGUGAACAAGGCAUUGGUAGCCAUUUUUAAAAUAUUUUUGUUUCCAGUGUGGCUGACUCGGGUAUCUAUAAGAAUUUCUUUUAUUUCGAUAGCCCCUUAAUUGUAGCAGUUACUGAAUAAAUGUGAACCUUUAAAAGCGAUACUAGACUUAAUUGUCAGAUUUUGCAAUAUAAAUGCUGUCCCCACCCCCAAGCAUCCUACAUAUUCUAGGGUAAUUUUAAAAAGGAAAAAAGCAUUUAAAUAUGUAAGUCGGAAUAGCAGUUUUAGGUGAUCAGAAGCGUCUUGAUUUAGCAGUAGAGCAAACGAGCAUCAGCAAUUACAGAAGCAGAAUCGAGCUUGUAAGAGUUACAAAAAACCUUAUUGAAAGAAAUAUGUUUAUAUAGGAAAGAACCUAGCUCUCUUAAAUAUCAAGCUCUUCGGAGACUUCUUCUCGCACCAUACUCCCAGGAGAAGAACAAAAUGGAGGACUCUGGGGUCUUGCCAUAUGGCUGAAACUUGAAUAAAAAAGGGCAUCUCCCUGAGAAGUAUCAGUCUAACAAAUAGGAGAUAACAAAAGAGAAAGAGAAAGGGAGACAGCAGGCAAGGAGGACAAUGAGAGAAAGGCUUUCCCCUGCCAGCUAACUCACCUGCUUAUUUUAUUUCCUUGAUGAGGACUGUCCCUAUUCAUUUGUGCAGGAUGUGAGUUCCAACACAGAUACUAUCUGCUUUCACUGUAAUGAAAUAUUUUCCUGUGCGUUACUGGAUUGAAUGCAGGUUUUAACUAAUGUUUGUGCUGUUUUUCUUACUUUUCCUUUUUGAUGGUGCUGAGAGAGACAAAGGAAGGCAAGUCACAGGCCACUCAACGCCUACUCCAGGGGGUCUGGUUUGCUGAGACACCAACUUCACCUUCCUAACAAGGUUAUUUCUGACAGCAUGUGUAGAUAAAAAUUUAGCAACCAGUUAAACAAUAGUUCAUUGUUCAUCGUGAAGAUACUCAGCUAAAUCAAUUAAUAUUUGCCAGUUCAGGUUUUGUUCAAUAAGCAGUUCCCAUAGUGUCAUAUUCUUCUAUAUAUAUUCUUUUUCAUGUAUGCUGAACAAGAUUAUGAAGGCACCCGAAAUCUAAAUGUUUUGUACGAAACGUUUUUUAAAUAGGACUUUUAAGGACCUACCUAGGUAUUGUCACAUUCCGUGUGACAUUUCCAUGAUGCUUCUUGUCUGUGGGGUGCUCACAAUGAAUUCUCUCCCCACCAUGCUAAAAAUAAUGAGCGAACAAGGUAUAGCAAGUGAUAUACUACCUGCCUGUUUUGAGCCUCUACCCUGACUCCGCUCCAGCUUAAGUUAAUUCGAAAGGUAGUAAAUGUAUAUUUUUGUCAACUUACUUAAAAUAUUUCUUGUUCGUGCAGGAGACAGAAUGCAGCUUUCACUCUCACUGAAAUGAAGACGUAGAUUACUUGAUAGUUAUUUGCACACAAAGUAAUGUGUCGCACUGCUUUGGCAACAGAACUCCAGCCUCUCUUGCACAUCUGAUGGCAGUUUUACACAGAUGUCAUACAAAUUCUAUUUCCUCUACGAUUGUUUCGUAUCCCUCUUUACAAAAUUUGAAAAGAGUUGGUCAUACCAACUCCAGUAGCAGCUGCAGUCAGCCAUAUGGCUACAGAAUUUUUAAUCUCACAAAAACCAAGUUGCUUGUUUACUUAUUCUUUGUGUUAUAGGUGCUGCUCAAAUGAAGACGAUGGCAACCAGAAGACAUGAGCAAAGGUUUCUGUUCUAUAAAAGAUAUGAAAAACAUUCUUCAUCUAGUUAUGUCUAGUUUUCUGUUCACAGCACACAAAUAUAGGCUUCAUUUACACUUCUUUGCCUUGCUGGCAGUUCUUAGCUUAGUACUGUUGUGGUGUUGCUAUGUAAAAUGUGUCUGUUUCAUUUCUGGGUGAUGUGAUUUUGUUGUGAUAAAAUUGAGGUAGGCAUUAUUUAAUAUUUUCAACAUUUUAUUAUCAUGCCUUCUCUAAUACAAAGGCAGUAACAUUUGGUAAACUAUGCUGAUGUAAUCACUAAUGUCCUGUUUAGAAACAGAUAGCAAAAGGAAAUACUUAUGAAUAUCAGAGCAUCGAUUUCUGUUUGCAUUGGCGGGAAAAAUAUUGGUAUUGUUGUGACGAGUCAGAUGUAAGGUGUCUAGAGAUUUUUCAGACCUUUACACUUAAGGUCUAGAUGUGUGUGAAUUACUUCCCCCAAAUCCUAUCCUGGUAAAUCUGUUUGUACGUCAAUGGGAUGGCUUUCACAAGGAAACCAAGUUAACAAAAAAAUCUUCCAAAAUGAGAAUAUAAUUAUUUGCAGGCCUACCAAGUUGAAAUUCAAAAUCCUGCUCUUCCAGUUGAGUAGAACAUUAGGAAAUGCAUCUUGAGAAUGGCUUAUCUAUUUCUGUUUCUCGUUGUUUGUGCUGCAGUAUAGAUUGAAAAGACAAGAAAAGGAUAUUUGGGAAUUAUGAUUUUGGUGCAUCAAGUUGAUAUUUGUUUUUGCUAAUGAUAUCUUUUCCUUCCUGUGUAGGGUAAGUGGCAGAAAAUCUCUGAAACAUUUGCAUGGCAUGAAGUGGGCUCAAGACGCAGAUAUGUCUGUGAAAACAUAAAAAGAAGGCUUGGAUCUGAAAUGUGGCAAGCUGUAACGUAAAUGUCUGCACCAGUAUGAAGCUGCAGUUUGUUUCAAGAUAACAGCUUUUACUGUUUAAUUUCAACUUCGUCAAAAUGUUUUGAUAAAUGUGAUAGCCUUUAUUCCUUUUGUACUUACUCAUGCAGGAUUCUGUUAAUUGUUAGAUAACAUUGCAAUAGCACUUUCUUGCACUGCAUUUCAAGCAUUAUAGUGUGUUGCUCAUUGCUUUAGUAGGCUUGCUCAAAGACACCAUAGACUCCCAAUUUCUCUUUAUUUCUUCUGGGAGAGAGCGCCUAUACUCUCAUUACAGGGAGUUGUUCCCUUCCUGAAAUCUCAGUUAAAAUGACAUUUUUCACAAUUUACCUCCAUCAAAAUUGGAGAUGGCAUCUUUUCCAAGGCCUACCCUUAUCAACUGUAGCGGAGAAGAACCCCUGUUGUUUGAUGAGCAGAGAUGACAGGAAUUUCUUUGGAAAGGGAGGAGGAGCAAAACCAUUUGCUUAAAGUUGCUCCUUUCAGUGUUAAUCAUCUGGUGCUUGCAAGUACAAGGUGAUAUCACUUUGUUCGUCCUUCCUCCUAAGGAAGAGGGAAGACUGGUGUUGUCUGCAAAAACAGGUUAAGCCCCUUUUAUCCAGAAACCUGGAAUGAAAAAAAGUUUUUUUGCCCGCAACCACCUGCUUCCACCUUGAAGACAGAGGUUGCAGCAUUUCUGCUUUUAUUCAUAUUUCAGAUCCUCAAUUUCCUCCUAGGUUCACAAAUCUGGAAAAAUGAACAAACAGAAGUGCUGCAUUUACCACCUCAAAGGUGGAAGUUGGCAAAAAGAGCUGAAGAGCUGAAAGAGAAAGAGUGCCACAGCUGCAGACUUGAAGGCAAAAACAAGUGGCUAGCAGCAAUAAGUAAAACAUCCCAAAAUAUGGAACACUUUUGGUCCUAAGCAUUUGGGGAUACCCAACUUGUGCCACAUCCUUUCAGGUCACUCUUGAGAGUGAUGCUUGGGAUGCCAGUAUGUUAUCUGAUCAGUGGAAAUCUGAAGAUCUAGGCCCAACCCCAACUCCACUUUAGGUCUCGGAAAAUAUCCUAGUGUCUGGAAAUAGAUGCGGCAUUAAUGGGGACAUGUGUCUUUCUAAAACAAUACAUUUUAAGCCAAACUGAAGUGUCACCUCACCAAUGCAUGUUGUUACAAACUACCACCACUGAGGCUAUUUUUCUGCUUCUUUUCUUUAUAUUAACUGUCAGCCUUUUCCCAUAAAGUAAUUGCAGUUUAUACUACAAGUUAUUAUAUGAUACAGCCUUGAAGGUGUUUCAGAGAUGCUGUUUUAAAAACAACUUUUUUUAAAUGUAGAAGGUAAACUUCUUUAGACAUAGCCUCAAUGAGAAAAAAAUAUUUUAAAUGUGUACUAUUUUGCCAUUAUCCCUGAGUUGAAGAUAAAGUGUAGCAUAUCUGAUAAUAGACUCAGAAACGAAUGCUACAAAAAUGUUAGUUUUUUAAAGGCAGCCUUCAACACAGCCUUCAGAUGAGGAUAGACAACUCUGUCAUUCUAACCUGCACAGCUGCCUGGAAAGUUGUAGUCAAAUUAAGCUUCUUUUAUCAGAAUAUACAAUUAACAAUUUUCUCAAAAAUAAAAAAAUAUCUAAGUCGGGAAAGUACAUGAUAUUUUUAUAAAGACAUAAACAGAUUUUUGACAUCUUAAUACAUCUUAAUACAUCUUAUACAUACAAUCAUUAAACAAGUUAGCAUUUUGCAUAUUCCAAUGUAAAAUUUCGAUGAUCAUAAUCUUCUAUCCAUCUAGUUUUGAACUUUCCCCUCUUGAAACAUACUAUGCUUAUAUUCCUAUUCCAGUUUUCUAUCUAUUUAAGUACAUUCUGUUUUAUUAUUAUUCCCAUACUGUUUUCUUGUGCCACCUUCACCUGGACCAACUUGUCUUAGCUAGUUAGGCGUUUUUAUAGCCAAACGUUUCUUUGUUCUGUUUUGAUCUGUGUUCUUCUGCUCUUCAGCUUUAAAUAGAAGCAAAAACAGAUAAAACACGUUUUAAAAGAUGGUGGAAAUAUCAAAUUUUUCAUUCAAAGCUUUAGAAUUGCUGUUGCUGUUUAUUAUUUCAUCCUUGUUAAGAAUAACCACCAAUUAGCAACUUUAACUGAGUAAAAAUCAAUUGCUGCAGAAGUGCAUAUGCUUUUCCUUGCUGUAAGCACCAAGUACUUACAAUAAAUAUUGACAGUCAAUGAUCCGUUAUUCUCGAUACAAAUACCCCACAUUUGUGGAACUAAUUGUAGUGUCUGUUAUAAGUCUUACUGGGUUUUGUUAAAUAAAUACUCAGUUGAUACCUUAAA